UCGACGUCACAUCCUGUUUCGGCUGUGUUUAUGCUCUGGUAAGAUGGCGUCAGCGGCGUUAGUGGAGUCUUCUGCAGGUAAAGAUGCUAUCGCCGAGGGGCUGCUCGACCUUCUGAAACCAGCAAUACAACAGCUCGACCUGCAUGUACACUCCGUCAGAGAAAGCCAGGUAGAAUUAAGAGAACACAUAGACAAUCUUGCAACAGAAUUAUGCAGGAUAAAUGAGCACCAGAAGGUGGCUUUAGAUUUGGACCCAUAUGUAAAGAAGCUGCUGAAUGCCAGACGGAGAGUGGUACUGGUCAACAACAUACUGCAGAAUGCACAGGAACGUCUGAGAAGACUAAACCACAAUGUAGCAAAGGAGACAGCACGGAGGAAGACCAUGCUGGAGGCAUCUGGAGUGUUCACCACCCGCUCCCCGAGUAAACCCUGAUCCUCCUCUUUCUCGCUGUCAUCCUCCUCCAGCUCCAUGCAGCAUUAACCGUGAACUGUCCUGACCUGUAGGGACUCAUCAGUACAGGAAACUGAAACACAAUGAGGAGGAUAAAUCUUCCUCUAACAUUCAUCUGUCAAUUUUUCAAAUUGAACGCUGACACCCUGCACCGCUUUGUCAAAAUAAAAAGUCUGUUUGCUGCUGAGCACCAUGCAGCUGCACAAGUCUAACCCUGCAGAAAAAUACGACAUGGGACAUUCAUGAAAAAUUUGAUUACAACAAUUUAAAUACAUUGCUUCUAGAAAUAGGAUCAAUAAUUGUAACCAUGCGUAAAAUGUUCAUCAUUUAUCAUCAGUCAGUUGGCAGAAUCAAUGGCAGCACUUGCAGUGAGUAAUCACAUUGAUAAGAGUAAUUGAUCAAUGUUUGCACCUUAAUCUGUUGUUUUCUUUUGUUAAUGGCUGUUCAUAAAUAUGAUCUGAAUAUUUCUUUAAGAAAUGAAACUCAAAAUGGCUGUUUCUCUAUGUCACUAAGCAUUAGACUGACAUUAGACUAGACUGUUCACUCUCACACCAAAAACAACUACAGUGUUAUUCAGCACACUCAAAGGAAGAUUAAGAUUAGUUAAGGCGAUGCAUCCACCUAGAGUCUAAAAGUCUAAUAUGUAACAGUUUACAGAAUAUGUUUGUAAUAUAUGUGUUACUACACUGAUGCAGGUGUUGUAAUCAGCCAUUUAGGGUUGUCUCAAUAUCAGAAUUUCACAUUUUAAUAGGAUUUUUGUAAAAAUCAAAAAAUAUCAAUACCUAUUAGAGGCCAUGGCAACAAAAAUAAAAGGCAUCCAUUGUUGGUUAAUUUUUGUUUCUUAUAACAGUUUCCAUAAUAAAACUUAAUUCUUAUUUUUUGUUCCACUUCCCAUGUUUCAGGCCAUGUUUAUGGGUGUAGCUGUAAAACUCUGCUAUUAUAAAUGAGUUGUGGCAAAAUCAACACAAAGUAAAAUGUAUAGAAAAGUAGUCUCCAUAAUUAUGUAUCAGAAAACUGCCUGCAUAAUAAGUGUGAUGUCAGUUUUUAUAUGAUAUGUAUUCAUAUUGUUCCCCUGUGACCUCUUGUAUUAUAUUCUGUUCACUUAUAUUUAUUGAUUUAUUAUAGUUUCUGCUGUUCCACACAGCCUGCCAAUUUA